ACAACUUGUUACCGUUCAUAACAAAUCCCGCGGGUUUUGCUCUCAGACGGCCAUUGAAAACCAAGUUCUACGAUGAAAUUUUGGGAUAGUUUUUUAACGUGGUUGAAAAUUAAAAAGAAAGAAGCUAAUAUUUUAAUUGUAGGUUUAGAUAAUUCGGGAAAAUCGACUGUUGUUCAAUAUUUCCAAUCGGGAGGCAAACGAACGGAGGUGACUGUUCCCACCAUCGGAUUCAAAGUGGAAAAGUUUCAAAAUGCCGGGUUAACUUUAACGGCAUUUGACAUGUCUGGCCAAUCAAAAUACCGGUCGUUAUGGGAACGUUAUUACAGUGAUUGUCACGGCGUCAUUUUCGUGAUCGACAGCAGUGACACCAUGCGGAUGGCUGUCGCUUCCAACGAACUUUUACUCAUGAUCCAGCAUCCGGAGAUGGUCAAAAACCGUUCAACUGGUGUACCUAUUUUAAUUCUAGCCAACAAGAGCGACUUGCAUCUGGCCAUCCCGAUCGGUCAGAUUCGUGCCGAGCUGGGAUUGGACGAAAUUGACACACACCCCAUCCAUCUUGAGGCUUCCAACGCUUUGACCGGUGUCGGCCUACACGCCGGACUUGAAUGGCUCUCUGACCAAAUUAUUAAAUUAAAUUUUUGACUAUAAUUUUUCCAGCUCCAGAGUGUGUGUGUUGUAUUUCUUUUAUGGAAUGAAAGAGAAAAAUUACACACUCGAAAAAAAGAAAACGAUAAAUAAAAUAUGAAAUUGAUAGCAGCAGAGCAAAAAGGUGCACACUCACACAUUGAAAAUAUUUUUUUCCUCGUGAUUAUUGAAAAUGCCCAAAGUAUAAUUGAAAAUAAUGAGGAA